UUACAACUGCAUUCAAGGGGACUAUAUUAUCUAAAUGUAUACUUUGUAUGAGAAAUUUUUCUGAACUUCUGUUUCAUCCAUGGCGAAUUUUUGCUGCUCCAUUGAAACAGAGCCUCGGACCUUGAACCAAGGCCAGCUCCACCAUGCCAGGGGACUGAAACCUGUCGUUGCAAUCAAGGAGAUGGAAGUGGUGAUUUCUGAUGCAAAUUCAAUUCACAAGAUGGAUGUAUCCAAGGAACAUACUCAGAUUCUGGAAACAUCUUGCCAAUGUUCAUCUGCUGCUAUUAUGGAUUCCCCAGAUCAAUCUAGAGUUAAAGAGCCCUUAUCAUCUCCUUUUUGAGAGUUUCUUGUAAUUGUAAUAUGCAAUAAAUCCACUGUUCUUGUGGAAGAUCUCUUAUGCGAUUACCAAAUUUAGUUAAAUACGUUUGUCACCCCUCUAUUUAUUCAAGAUUUUAGAGGAAAUUGUUUAGAAACAACUGAAGACAUCGAUCUGUAUGAAUCAUUAAGGGACAAGGGCUUGAGGGGAUGAUGUUGCCAUCAUCCAAGAUCAAUAUUAAUUUUGAUUUGGACAACUGUAAGAAUGGAAUCCACUUCUUCUUCUUCUUCUU